AUGGCUACCCUUUUCGGCUUUAGGCCUUGUGGAAUGAGCAUGGACAUCUUGGGGGAUGAUGAGUCUAAGAACAGUAAGGUUGCGACUCCGAUGAAGGCCACAAGGAUGAAGAUUAUGUGCUUGAGAACGUAUUCCAUAUAUGUGAUGACAUAUCAAGGGAUAGCUGGUGAGGAUCAAGAACACAUGAUGUUCCUGCUCUUUUGGCUGAAUGAGUUCAUCUUCCCUAAAGCUGAAGAGGAAGUGAAGCCGGAAUACAUGCACCUGGCAGAAGCUCUAGAUAAUGAAGUGGGUGUGGCUACAAGGCCAUUUAUGCUGGCCUUUCCCUAUCACUGCCUCCACCAGAUCACCAUCAAUCUGCUGGACCUCAACGUCCAUGGUUCAGUUUGGAUGGCACAGAUAUGGCUGGAAUGUUAUUUCCCUGAGCUUGGGAACGAAGAGCUAAACUUUCUUGAAGACGACAUUCCAGCCACAGCGCUGGCCAUUAGCCCGAAGAGGCUUGAAAGCACUGAGGAGUGCUUCAUCUUCUUUAGAGACUACAAGCAAAGAGAGGAGAGAAUCUGGCUGCACUCACUGGCCUACGAUCAUCCUUGGUUCGAGGAUAAGAAAUGUCAUUAUGGGGUGGGAGCGUGUAUCCCCAAUUCGUCAGCAGACAAUUUAGGAUGGUCGAGGUGA